UCAGUAGGCGGGACUACUGGUAUAAGCGAGCUGAGCGGCAGCCAUCGACGCUACUGUGCGAGCAGAUAUUUCUUGAAAAAUUCACAUUUUUUUCCCUCCGACAGUAGUCAUGGUGUCUCACUCUCUCGCGCUGCCGAUGAUCUGUUUCACCACCCUGUGGGCGCUGGUGGGGGUGGUGGCUCCCUUUUUGGUGCCCAAAGGACCAAAUCGCGGGGUGAUUGUCACCAGUUUGAUUCUCACCGCCGUCUGCUGCUACCUCUUCUGGUUAAUAGCCAUCCUGGCGCAGACCAAUCCUCUUUUUGGCCCUCAGCUGAAGAAUGAAACCAUUUGGUAUCUGACUUACUUCUGGGAGUAGAACAGAUGGCCCUUAUGAUCGCCGUCCUGAUUCAAACGUGUAUACACACACACACACACACACACACACACACACACACCACUACACUUAAGAUGAAGACUACUGUACAGUUGAUGUAAAUUUGAGUGUUUUACGGUAUGAACGUUUAAAUAUGCAAUGUGUUAGUUCCAUUUUUUCAGUGUUUACAUUUUUUUUCCAUGUGUACUUAUGUUUGUCCUGUGGACGUAAUGACCUCAGUGUUAUGUAGCUGUUACUGUAUACCCCCCAAGCAUGGAGAGAAUCCCCAAAACUACUCCUCCUCCCCCU